GCUUUCCCUGUGACAUCCGCUGUGUGGCUUUCAGGGUGGACCACAGGAUUCUGUUUGGCACAACCAAGGGCCUGGACACAUGGAGAGUCACCAGUGUAGACAUAGCCUUAGAGCAUCCUCUGCUGGCUGCUCUGUGGAAGUAGCACCAGCAGCAGUGGUGACAGGUCUCUGCAGAUGUACGCAGGCUGACUCAACCUCCCAUCCCCUCUCAGUGGAGACAGGAAUGACCAUAAAAAGUAGGAAUCAGUAAGUGUAGGAAAGUGACUUUUUUUCUCUUCCUGCAGCAUCUGGCUCUCCCUCCAUCCCUCCAUGAUAUGCGUUGCUCAGCUGGACAACUUUUCAGAAAGUGGCUCUGCAACACGGACAGUCACCCCUAAUGCUGACAUGGCUGAAUUAUGGAGAGCUGAGAUACCGAACUCCCGCUUCCUUCUGUCUCUGCUGGCUGUGCAGUCCUUGCCAUGUUGGAUAUGGCUGGCUGACCGACUGCUAAGAGACAGCGUGGGCCAGACAUGACCUCAGCUCUCAAGGCUCUGCGUGAUCCCAGCCUGUUGGGGGCAAGCAUCUCACCCGCGCAGUAUGUCCCUCUGGGAGCAUGGGCUGCACCUCUUCCGCAGCGCCGUGGGUGUCGUCCUGCCAGCCCCCAUGCUGAGAAGGGCCCUGGUGCUCAAAACAGACGGCUGCCCCAGGCUGGUCGUGAAGGACCGGGCUUUCCCUGUGAGGAGGAACCUGUAUCUGGUGGGCUUCGGGAAGGCUGUGCUGGGAAUGGCGGCUGUGGCAGAGGAGAUCCUCGGGGACCACCUAAUUCAGGGGGUUGUCAGCGUCCCCCACGGCAUCCGGGCAUGCCUGCAGCAGGCGGGAAUGGAGGAGAUGUUGCUGAAGCCUCACAGCAGGAUCCAGGUCAUAGAAGGAGCUAAGCACAACCUCCCUGACAGAGAGGCUCUGAGGGCAGCCAGCAUGAUUCGGGAGCUAGCUGAAGGACUGACAGCUGACGACCUCCUCCUUGUGCUAAUCUCAGGAGGUGGAUCGGCCCUACUCCCUGCUCCUACUCCUCCGAUCCUCUUGGAAGAGAAAGAGAAGGUCACCAAGCUUCUGGCUUCCAGUGGAGCUACCAUACAGGAGCUCAACACUAUCCGGAAGGCUCUUUCUUUGUUGAAAGGUGGAGGGUUGGCCCGGGCUGCAUAUCCUGCACAGGUGCUAAGCCUCAUCCUCUCUGAUGUCAUUGGCAACCCAGUGGACAUUAUUGCGAGUGGCCCCACUGUCUACAGUUCCCCCAGUGUUCAAGGCUGCCUGCAGAUAAUGACAAAAUACAACCUGAUGAGCACCUUGCCCAGAUCUGUGGAAACAGUGCUGUCCAGCUCCGUCUCAGAUCCCAGUGGUCCGAAAGACUAUUCCCACGUCUACAAUGUUGUCAUUGGCUCAAACACUUUAGCUUUAGAGGAGGCCAAACACCAAGCAGAGGAUUUGGGCUACUGGACCCUGAUUUUGAGUGCGGGGGUUUGUGGGGAAGUCAGCAGAGUGGCCAAACUCUACAGCCAGCUGAUUCAGUUUGUUUGCUUGAGCACAGCUGGACUUGGAGAAGGUCCUCUAAGAGACCAGGUGAGAGGAGAUCUUCUAAAGCUGGCAGCAGAGCUAGAGAUCCCAGGUUUGAACCUUGUGGACUCUUUGAAGGCUUUGCAAGGAUUGGAGUCUGAAAGAUCGGUUUGCUUGCUGGCUGGUGGAGAGACCACGGUCCAGCUUCAAGGAAAUGGGAAGGGUGGGAGGAACCAGGAGUUGGCCUUACAGGUGGCAUUGGAGUUACACCGAGCUAAGGCCACUGGGGCUGGCUACGUCCUUGGGAAAUGUGAAGUCCUGUUCCUCAGUGGUGGAACUGAUGGACAAGAUGGGCCAACAGAGGCAGCUGGUGCCUUCUCUAGCCAGGAACUGGUGGAUAAGGCUGCUCAGGAAGGUCUCGAUGUGGAGACAUUUCUGAGCAACAAUGACUCCUACACAUUCUUCAGUAAGUUCCGAAAAGGACAUCACCUUUUGCUGACUGGUUUAACAGGCACCAAUGUCAUGGACAUCCAGGCUAUUUUAAUUAGGGCUAGAGACAGAUAAGGACAGCACCUCUACAAACUCCUCAGUUGUUUUUAAUUAGAGGCAUUGGUGAAAAAUGAGGAUACCAAUGUUCUGGACAAAUCCAGACUGUUUAAAUUAAGCACAGCUGGCGAGGGCACUAAUAUCAUGGCUGUAAAAGCUACAUUAGUGAGGCACAUGGGUGGGUUACCAUGACCAUGUUCAAUCUGUUAAUUAGGAUCAGAGAAAGGUAAAAAACACCAGUAUUAUGAGCAUUGGGGCUGCAUUAAAACCUUCCAGCCGAAGAAUCACUAACAUACUGCAUUUUGGCUGUGAUUACAAAGAAUUCAGGAAUGCAGGGCUGAUGACUGGCAGGCAAAUAAGGCUGGGAUUUAUAAAGGCGUCUUAGGGAGUUUGAGUUCAAGUGGGAUUGUUGGACAUCUGACGCCCAGCGUAAAGCUCUAGGUUGCCGUUGUAACUCUUAUUCCAUACAAAGCUAACAAGGUAUAUUAGACUAGUCCAUAGGGCCCUAAAUCCAGUGCACUCCCAAGUUCAGCGGAGAUGAGCACAUGGCGUCAGUUUAACCUUUGGUCUUGGAUACAUAGCAAAAACACACCCAGCUGUGGUAUUAACACCAUGUUAGGUGAAGAACGGUGUGAACCAUGAUUCAGAUGCACUGGUGCAGAAACCAUCUGAACAUGAGACCUUCUCCCCAACUAUGUAACCUUCUGUGCCCUGGUGUGGUGACAUUUCCGCCCCAUGGUUGAUAUUUCAUGGGGUAGCACGCUGCACUCUGUGUGUGUGUAUGCUACAAGCAUUCAGAGUGUUACCACCAAACCGGUCAGAAAGCAAUACAGCCUCCAGCCUGAGUCAUUGACCUUUUUACUGUGUAAAGUCAGUAGUCGCUGUCGUUCUGAUUAACUCCUCUCAGUCCAUAGAACAAAAGGCCACAAAAUCUGUAAAUUCAACUCUCCUGACCCCUAUUGCUGCACUGAUCAAAGGGCAAAGCAGCUGGGGCCAUUGCUCUGUCAAACAACAGAUCCCUCCAGCCUCUGGGACAAUGCGGAGCACCAGCUACUUCAGCUUUGUCAUAAAUUAAAAUCAGAUCCUGCCUUGCUAUACUCAGCUCAGUUCCCAACGUGACACCUGGGGCCAGGUUUUUCAAGAAGCACAGCAAUCAACGUCUUCAUCUCUUAUGAAGAUCUGGCCGCUUAUUGCGGUGCCUAAAUGGGAGCUGAGCUCGCUUGAAAUUCCAGCCCUGAUUUAAAACAUUUGAUUCAAAUGGUUUACAGACGGAUGUAGCUGUGCCGUGUGGCUGAUCUAACUUUGCAACUUAAGUAUACCAUCCUAUUAAUACCAUAAACAGUGAAAUCAUUGCACAGUCAUGCUGAGCAAGAUUUAAAGAGGGACCGGACAUUUAUAAUGAUAACAAGAAUAUCCAAGAAUAGUUAAUGCUAAUAAUAUUUUUGGAGGGCAUAUAAAACCUUAUGCUUUUUGGUUUUAAAUCAAUCCCUAUGGAAUAGAGAUUAGGAUUGGAUCUACAUGUCUACUGAGUGAUUUCUUGCGCCUUCCUCUGAGGCAUCUGGGCACUGGUAACUAUCGGAGACAAGAUCCUGGACUAUGUGGAUCUUGAGUCUGAUCUAGUCUGGCAGAUCCUGUGUUCUGAUGUGUGAUCUUGUGAUUAAGGCAUAGAUUUGGGAACUAGAUGAGCUAGAUCCUAUCCCAGCUCUGCUAACACUCCCAUUUAUAAGCUUAGACAAGUCACUAACAUUCUGAGGCUCAAUUUCUUCUAUAACAUGGGGGUGACCAUCUUUACCUACAUCCCAGGGGUUUUGUGAGGCUAAAUUUGCUAGUGGUUGCAAAGUGCUUUGAAACCCACUGCUGGAAGGUGCUAGAGACCUAGGACAUAUGAUAAACUGGAGGCAUGAAUACAAUGUCAGAGUGCAUACUGUGGAGGGAAGUUUGUGUGUGUGUGUUUUUGAAGGUUUCUCAGUGGGGUCCCUGUGCAUGACUGCAGUGAAAAUAGCAUGAAUAAAUGCAAAGGGAAAAUGAA